GUCAUAGUUGAGCCUGUUUUCUGUUUACACUCUCAAUUAAUUUGUAAGGAAUAGCUUCAGAGUGUCUACAGCUCCCAAGAUUGUUGAUAAUGGACAAAGGCUUCAUCGGUCAUCCUCCAUAUCCUGGACAGCCAUUGGUCCAAGGCAACAUGUCCUACCCAGAUCAGCAGUAUCUUUACCCACCUCAACCAGUUCAAAUGACCAACGCUUACCCCCCACAACCCACACAAGGGGUAUACAUGGCGGGACCCACGAUAAACCAAACAGUCCAGAAUGUAUCUACACCCACACAAGCGGUAUUCAUGGCGGGACCCACAGUAAACCAAACAGUCCAGAAUGUAUCUAUACCUGGCAUAGUGAACACACAUUAUGCUCAACAACCCACACCAGGAAUAGUCAGUUCCUCCACUGUGACUCAAACUGUCCAGUCUGCAUCCAUGCCUGGUGUAGUUUACACUCAACAACCCACACAAAGUGUCAUGGCUGCCUCCACUGUGACUCAAACUGUCCAGUCUACAUCUAUGCCUGGUGUAGUCCCGCAGAUGGUAAUGAUUCCCCCACAUCUGACUGAUGUCCCGGGGCAAAUGAAAUGCCGAUUCUGCCAACAACAGAUUGUCACAGAAACAACAUUCACCAGUGGUCUACUGGUCUGGGGCGUCUGUAUUGGUCUUGGCAUUUUCAUGAUCUGGCCGUUUUGUUUGAUUCCGUUCUGUGUGAAUGCCUGCAAGGAUGUGGAACAUCGCUGUACAAACUGCAAGACCCUCGUGCAUGUGCACAAACGCAUUUAACUGUUUCUGAAGCAAAGAAAAUCUGAACAAAUUACCAAAAAACUUUAGGAGAACUUAAGACAACAUAAACCAAGACUGUCUUAAAAUGAUUUGCACUUUGUAACUUCUUUAAAUACAAACCAAUCAGCCACGUCUUCACUUAACCUGUACCCAAGUGUCUGGGUCUAUUUUUCGAUUACAUUUUGCAUGCCUAAAAACAAAUUGAAUUGCAAUGUAUUGUAUAAUACGUCAUGUGAUUUAGUUUCUAUUUUAUCACUUUCCUUUCUUAUGCCGUUAUGGUGAAGAUGGAUGGAUGGAUGGGUGGGUGUUUG